AUCGCAUAAUCUUCGAUCUUCGAUAUACUCGAGGCCAAAUCUAACACGGGCAUAAUGUGUGGACGAUAUGCACUAGGCGUGCGCAUGAACUUCGUUCGACAUCGUCUCCAAGAACAGGGCAUGCCCGUCGACGAAGUCCCGGACGACGACGAGGUGCGCGAAACAUAUAAUUUCGCGCCGGGCAACAAUGGCGCGGUGUACCGCGUGGACACAGCAUCCACUGGCGUUGAAGAGCACGAGCACGAGCACGAGCAGCAGCAUGAGCCACCAGAGCACGACGACAAUGAGACCCCUACUAACCCCCAACAAGACCCCACCACCACCACCCACCCGCCAAGUCCUGAUAAGCAGAAUGUCAGCAACCGCCCCCGCUACAAAAUCCAAAGUAUGCGAUGGGGCCUGAUCCCGUUCUGGACGAAGCGCAAGCCCGACUACGGGUCGCUGAUGCGCACGAUCAACUGCCGGGAUGACUCGCUGCUCGAGGACCGCGGGAUGUGGACGUCGAUGAAGCGCAAGAAGCGCUGCGUCGUCGUCUGUCAGGGGUUCUUUGAGUGGUUGAAGAAGGGACCGGGAGGAAAAGAGAAGGUGCCGCAUUUUGUGCGGCGGAGGGAUGGGGAUCUGAUGUGUUUUGCCGGGUUGUGGGAUUGUGUGAGGUAUGAAGGUGAGUCUCUUCUCUGCUUUUGUUGCAGGAGCCCCCGGGUUGGGGGGGGAUUUGUACGUGGUUUUUUGGAGCUAAUGCUAAUGCGAACGGGAGAGGGGAAAGGGUCGGAUGAAGAGCUCUAUACGUUUACGAUCAUUACAACAUCCUCGAAUCCGUACCUCAGGUUUCUACAUGAUCGGAUGCCUGUGAUUCUCGAGCCUAACAGCGACGCGAUGAACCGGUGGCUGGAUCCGGGCCGGACGACGUGGUCGAAGGAAUUGCAAGCCAUGUUGAAGCCGUACGAGGGCGAGUUGGAGUGUUAUCAGGUGCCGAAGGAGGUUGGGAAGGUGGGGAACAACUCCCCGGACUUCAUCGUGCCGGUGAGCAGUAAGGAGAACAAGAGCAAUAUUGCCAAUUUCUUCGCCAAUGCCAAAAAGGCUGCGCCGGAGAGUGGUGAUGCACCGUCGAAAGAAGAUUCGGACGACAAAACCGUCAAGGAUGAACCGGACCAUCGGGACACGGUAGACACUGAGUGGACCGAGGACAAUGCUCCGCUGCCGGCUACGGGGGUCAAACGGGAGCAUCCGGCAGAGAGUCCUGCGGAAGUCGAGGAUGAAGCUGCGAAGAGGCAGAAGACUCAGCCUAGCCCGCCAGCCUCACCGGAUCAGGGCACCGAGCAGAAAGCAAGUCCAACACAAGCACCAAGUCGAGGAAAGCAGAUGCGAAGUGCAACCCACAAUCAGAAGCCGGCCAAAAAGCCCCAGCAGAAGAAAGCGGCGGCAGGGACUCAGCCUAUAACGAAUUUCUUUCAAAAGUGACUUUUUUUUCCAUCAUCUGGCUUGGCAGCAAAGUAUAUUUUGGCGUGGAUUGGGUCGUCGGCAAUUAUGAGCUGGUCUCUGAGCGGCGUUGUCCCAUUUUUCGAGUCUAUUUUACAGAUUGUGUCAACUGUCCAGCAGUUUUUGGAUCAGUGCAGUCUUUGGAGACGGCAAUGAGGACAGCAAGGGUCUAUUGUACAUGGUCACUACCGACG